UUUUGUCACUGCCGCCAUAGCCUUCCUUGAAACAUGAAAAUAAAGUUUUAUGUUAAAAAAAAUGCAGUUUCUAUGACGUAUUUUUAAGGCGACAGAAGGAGGGCGGUUUGAAAGCAGAGAGGGAAAAUAUUUUUAACACGUUUAAAAUACGCCAAAUUUACUCAUAAGAUAAAACAUCUGCAGGCUAGCCGUGCAUAGGCUCUGAUGUAUUUUUACUUUUCAAACGACUUAGCUAGCGUUACAUUAACUCAGUACGCCCGGUUGCUGGCUAACUAGCUAGUCACCGCCGCUGUGAUGUGCAGCUGCCGACUGUCGUUAAAAUUCCUCUCUGUUAAAUGCUGACCGAGCGCACGUCAGAAUCGAUGUGAACGCUUUGAAGAUGGCGAGUGUGCACGAAAGUUUGUAUUUUAAUCCCAUGAUGACGAACGGGGUCGUCCAUGCUAACGUGUUUGGCAUUAAAGACUGGGUGACUCCGUAUAAAAUCUCCGUGUUAGCGUUGCUGUAUGAAAUGACUGCCUCCAAGAUAACACUGCCAGAGAGAAGGCGACUUAACAAGCUCAUCCUCCCUCUACAGCAGGGUCCAGACCUGACUCUCGGCCAGUUCCUCAAGACUGUGGAGGAGUGUUGUCCACAGACUGCAUAUGCUGUCAAACUGAGGCUCCAUGAAAUGGCAGAUGGAGAGCUGAAAGACAUGGAGUACUUCUUUUCUACUCUUCCCACUCCAUUCACAGCUUUUGAUACCGAAGCUUACAAAACCAGUGUAGUAGGUCUUUUUAUGCGACACAUGCUUCUGGCCUACAACAAGCUUUCUUUCAGUCAGGUUUACAAGCUGUACAAAUCCCUGCAGCACUACUACCACAGUCACUAUGCCAAGCCUAUGGACGGCCAGGUGCCGGCCUUGGUCGCAGACGACUCGGAGAUGGACCUGACCAGCAUUGAGGAUACUGUAGGUGACAGAGUGGACAAGGAGGAGCUGGACACUCCACUGCACGAGUCAGAGCUUCAAAGUGACAAUACUCCAAGCAGAGGUCCCCUCUCACAAAAACAAGCAGAGUACUUUCUUGCUAGACAGGCAUACCUACUCAAGAAUGAUGAGAAUAAAGCUCUAAAGCCUGCUGCUCUGCAGGAAGAGCUCAACAACAUGCUGAAGUUUAAUCCUGACUUUGCUGAAGCGCAUUAUCUGAACUACUUGAACAGCAUGAGAGUCCAGGACAUCUUCCUGUCAGCCCACAGUCUCUUGCAUUAUUUUGAUCGACUCAUCUUGUCUGGAAAUGACGGAAAGAGCAAUGGGGACGAGGGCUAUGGUCGAAGUCUCCGCUACGCUGCUCUUAACUUGGCAAGCUUGCACUGUCGCUUUGGCCAUUAUCAACAGGCUGAUCUGGCUCUACAGGAGGCUAUCCGGAUUGCCCAGGAGUCCAAUGAUCAUGUGUGCUUGCAGCACUGUCUGAGUUGGCUCUACACACUGGAACAGAUGAAGGGUUCUGACAGCACCGUGCUAACCGAGGAUUCAGUAAAAAUGGCUGCCCAUUUCUGCCUGCCAUAUUUGGCAUCUCUGGGCAUUCAGUCAUUGGUCCAGCAGGGGGCAACACAGGGUAAAACGGCACACAAGCUGAUGGAUGCCCUGAAGGACACAGACAUUCUUCACUGGAAGCACAGUCUGUCGGAGCUGAUCGAGAUCAGCCUGGCUCAGACGACUUCCAUAUGGAGGAUGUAUGGAAAGAGCACGAUGUCUCUGCAGCAGGCCCAGCUGCUUCUCAACAUGAGCAGUCUUGAGCCAGUUAACUUCGGGGUCCAGCAGAACAACACAGAGGGCUUCGCUGUGGUCCUCUGUCACCUGGCCGAGCUACACGCUGAGCAGGGCCUGUACGGUGUCGUUUCAGAGAUUAUUCUGCAUCUGAAAGAACAGUUUCCUCCUCACACACAGCAUGCCAAGCUCUGGAUGCUGUGUGAUCUGAAAAUCCAGUUUGAGAGACAUAUGAAUGAAGGGAAAUAUCACUUGGCAGAGCCUCUAGUCACAGCUAUCGCUGCAUUAAAUCAGACAGAGGGUCUUUACAGGAAAGCUCAAGUUCUGAAGGCUCUCAACCGCAACACUGAAGCAUACCACAUCUUACAGCAGCUGCAGGCUCGCUGUGAGAAGGCUAAGUGUACAGAGAUGGUUAUCAGAGUGAUGCUGUCCACUGCUGAGCUCCACUGGGAGUCGUCUGGCUUCUCCACAGCUCUUCCUGUCCUCCUGCAGGCCUUGGCUCUGGCUAGACAGCACCACCUCCAGUCACUGGCCUCGGAAACCAUCCUUCACCUGGCCUUCACUCAGCUGAUGUUGGGGGUUCCUGAGCAAGCUCUGAAUGUGCUGCAUGAAGCCAUCGAGCCUAUUCUGGCCCACAGAGCAGUCAUGGACAAAGGUCGUGCCAUGCUGCUGGCAGCCCGCUGUCAGAUGGCAGUGGCUGGGUUCAAGCCAAACAGACAAGGGCAAGCAGCAGAUUUGCGUUUAGCAGCUUCGGCUCUCGACACGCUAAAUGAGGCCGCCGCCUAUUUCUCCCAGCUGAACUGUAAGGAGCGGCUGCGGGACGUGCACUAUCUGCAGGCUCAACUCCACCGCUCUCUGGGACAAAUCUUGGAGAGCAACAAAAGUGCCAUGCUCUUCCGGCUAUUGGACCAGGAGCUGCAAUCGCCAGCACCGCCGGUCUCCAUGCGGCUCUAAACUGCUCCCACUGCCCCAUCAACAAAAACUGAACUGAAUCACUGCAACUCACCACUAGAUGGUGCCGAGGCUCUGUCCUGUUUUCUAGACUAAAACAUUUCAUUUGUGGCUGUGUUGAAAGAGAGGUGUUUGUGAAACAUUUUGCACGGAGUAACAGGAUGAUAACUAAAAAUGUAACAUGACAGCAGCCAUGAAUUAAAAUGAGUUUCCAGUACAAGAA